UCCUGCUGGGCUCAUCCACACUCUUCGGAGAUACUGGAAACAUGGCACAGAUUCAGAAAAAAACCUCAACUAUGUCCCUAACUAUAUCAUCAUGCUCCCGUGACACAUCCUCCUCCUCCUCCUCUUCAUCAUCAUCAUCAUCCUCUGCUACAAUACAGCAGAGGCACUCAAGUUUAGUACAGCCUGUCUGCAUUAGUCCUCAAAUGGUUCAGAACACAAACCAGGGUUCAGGGAAUCCCGGAGUGUCUCCAACUUUUGUCAAGUGUCUUCAUGACGUGAGUACAGUGAAGGGGCAGCUGGUGGUCCUGGAGUGCAGGAUCAGAGGAACUCCUCCGCUGCAGAUCUCCUGGUUCAGAGAGAACGAGCAGAUCAUCGACUCGGCAGACUUCCGGAUUCUUAGAAAGAAGGCAAGUUCAGCUUCUGUUCCUGAGGAAUUGUGCACCCUCGUGAUCACAGAGGCGUAUCCAGAAGAUUCUGGAAUAUUUAAAUGCACAGCAUUAAAUCAGUUUGGAACAGUAACAUGCAGUGCUAUUCUUGAAGUAUAUACAGACCUAGAGGAGGUUCUGGGAGAGGAGGAUGAGCCUUCCUCUCUAAGCUCAGCUGGACUAGAGCCGGAUGACCAGCCCUUUUUACUACAAGACACACUAAUUCCUCCUCCAGAAUGGCCUAACAGCUCUGAGGAAGAGACUGCUGCCCCUGUAGCAUGGGAGUCUCUUGUGGACACAGAGAGCAAACAGGGUUCUGCCAGUCAGGUGACUGAAGCUGCUGAGCUCUCCUCAAUGAGCAAACUUGAUCCUCCAGCAAAGGGGGUUAAAAACAGUGCCCCACAUCCAUUCCUUCCCACCAGCAAGCUGAGUAAACCAGUGGAGCCCAGAGGCAGUGCCAUGAACGUGGCUGACCUGCCCACCUUCUCGCCAUCGCUGUACCCCCCCAGUGCCUUUAAUUAUGAGCGCCCUCGCCAUUUCAUCCAGUCCCUACCCAGUUUCCACACACCCGACAAUGAGAUCAGCAAACCCAACAGCCUCAGUCCCCCAGCUUCAACUGCUGCACCAUUAGUGAGUCCUCCUCAGCCUGGACCCACUCGAACAUCAAUGUGUUCAAGCAUGACUUUGAUUUCUAAACCACAGAGCUCUCCAAACAAUGAGAAACUAUCAUCAGCAGCUUUCCUGUCAUCUGUCCUGCCUUCACUACCGAGCUCCCAGGCCAAAUGCAUUUCCAUACCUCAAUCUCCUUAUCCCCGGUGCUCCCCUAGAUCACCCAGCCCAACACCAAAGGCCCAAGAACAGCCUCUGUCUCCUCCACCUCAGUCGCUGAAUCACGCUCCUCCAACUGUCCCAUGCCUGAAAACAACUGCUCCACCUCUACAGCCCCCACCUGUGUCUCACAUGAGCUACACAUCCAACACCUUGCCAAAGCCAAUCUUGAAGAAGACUGUUUCCCGACCAGCGUCUCGUGCCACAGAUGUAGAGAUUCAGGGCUCAAAAGAUGCUCUUAUCCAAGACCUUGAAAAGAAGCUACGGAACAAAGCUCCCCAACAAAGGAACAUUCAGAAGAUGUCAUAUGAGGAGCGGAUGGCGAGAAGAUUGUUGGGAGCAGAUAAUGCCGCCUCAGUAUUUGAUCUUGAAAAUGCAUUCAUUUCCCAGCCUGCACAGCCAGGCUCUCCAGAAGGUCUCCAGCCUGGAGGAAUAUGGUCCAGAAAGAAUUGUCCCGGAGGGGACAGUGCAGAAGCAUCAACCAUCCAAGAGAAGUGUUUUGCUCCUCGAUUUAUACAAGUGCCGCAAGAUCUUACUGUUGAAGAGGGACGAUUCUGCAGGAUUGAUUUUAAGGUUGUAGGUUUGCCAACGCCAGAUAUUUCUUGGUAUCUGGAUGGGCAACUCAUCCGACCUGAUGAUUACCAUAAGAUGCUGGUGUGUGAGAAAAGCGUCCACUCCUUCAUUAUUGAAGUCGUGACCAUUCAUCAUGCAGGUGUAUAUGAAUGUGUAGCGAAGAACCGUGCCGGAGAGAGCCACUUCUCUCUGCGACUGGAUGUGAUUGCUCAGGAGCAGUUGUGUCCUCCCACAUUUGUGGUGAAGAUGAGGAAUUCUAGGGUUCUUGAGGGCGAUGCUGUGCGGUUAGAGUGUAAGGUGGCGGCAUCUCCAACACCUCAGCUCUACUGGAAGAAAGACAAGGAAAUGCUGCGAAUCGACCCCAUGAGAACGAGUCUUUCUCAGGACGGUUCAGGAAAGCAGUGUUUGGUCAUUGAUCCAGUGAUAAAGUCUGAUGCGGGCUGGUACACUGUAUCUGCCAUUAAUGAAGCAGGCAUGUCCACAUGCAAUGCCAGGCUAGACGUGGGCAGUAAGUGCACUUACUGUUUACUUUGCUUAGUAUAUGUUUGAAAAUUGUUUAGACUUUGCUUAUUCUGAAACUUUUUUUUUCUCCAAAACUUGUUUAGGCAUGUUGCACUAUAAAAUGAACUCCAUCUUUAUAUUGAUACAUAGUGUAGGAA